GCGAAAGCUAAAAGACGUAAAACGGAAAAUUGAGAAUAUAUAAUUAUAAAACGGAAAUUUAUUAAAUCAAAGAAAAAAAAUUAAAGUGAUUUUAAAAAAAUUGAAAAUAAAUUGGACAUGCUUUUGGCAAAACAAAAAAUUUGGCAAUUAACUAAAAAUACACAGAGAACUUAAAGUUUAAAGUUAUAAAAAAAAUUAAGUGAUUUUUAAAUAUAAAAUUUUGUUUUAACAAAAUAAGAAAGCAUAAUGCUUAGUAAACAACUGAUAACAUUUGCCAGCACUUUGUUGUGGGCUCUUAUAGCGGCUAAACCCACUAAACCAGCAGCUUUAAUAACAGCCCACCCUUAUGCUGUAAGCCCGGCAACUUUAAACGCCAAUGAACUCGCCUAUUGGGAGCAUUUAAAUAAAACUUGUCUAACGCGCGACUGCGACGAGCACGUGAAUGUCAAACACUUGCAACAUAUAGCCACACAUAUGAAUCGUGCCAUUAACCCCUGUGAGAAUUUUCAUGCUUACGCCUGCAGCAACUGGCAGCAGCAACAUCCCGAUCAACAGACUGUUAUGGCUAUGGGAGAGCAACAAUUAAAUGAUAAAUUUGAGCAAAUAUUUACAACUGCUGAUGUCAAACUGAGAGGAGAUUUGAUUAAGCAUAAAAUGCAGCAAUAUCUAGAGGUGUGUCUGCAGAGUGAGAGUAAAGAGAAAGCUUCUUGGAGGCAGUAUAUUAUUACUCUAAGAGAAAUGGGUUAUCUGCAGUUUAACAAUCAAAGCAAUUGGCUGCAAACAUUAAGAGAGCUUAAUCUCUUCUCCAAUAGCCGUUUCUUUAUCUCUUUACAAAUAGAGCGUUUUAAUGCCACACGUUAUAUGCUAAGCAUAGAUCCUCAUAAUCUAAUGGAAAGAGUAAAAUUCUCUCAAGAAAUUUAUGAUAUUUUACAAAUCUAUAGCAAUGACUCGUUUGCUAAAUUGGAGAUGGAUUUCCGUAAUUUAGAGUUGGAUUUGGAAAAUAUAUUAAAAACUUCCUGUCUCAAUGCCAUAGUAGAUGAAAACAAUGAGUGUGAUUUAACCGAAUGGCUGAGUUAUAAAGAGUUAGUACAAACUAAUACUACCAGCAUUAAUUGGGAAUAUCUUUUAGCUGACUUUACGCUAGAACCUUCGGAUCAAAUAUUUGUUAAUGAUUUGUUAAAUAUAGAGAAAAUUAAAACUUAUCUUGAUAAUAGCUCACAAAAGACUUUAUUCUUAUAUGCCCUAACACGUUUCAUCAAUUAUUUACAAUCUCACACACACAAUAUCAUAGACAAGGGUUCUGAUCAUGCCUCCUGUUUAAGGCAUAUGCGUAAACAUUUUCCCUUAGCCAUGAAUUAUCUCUAUGAGCAGGUUUAUUAUGCUCCCACUAGAACACAAAGUGAUGAAGUUAUUAUGCAAGUAUACACUCAAUUAAAAGAGCAAUUUUCUCUUAUCUUAGAUCGUAAUGAAAUGCAACUUAGUUCGGAUAGCAUACAGUAUUUAAAGAAAAAAUUAAAGUAUUUAGCCUUAAAUAUAGGCAAUCUGCCCAAGAAUGCCUCCGGCCAUUUUUAUUUGGAAUAUAUAGCCGAUUUAAAUGUUACACAAAAUUUUUAUGUUAACCAUUUAAUGUCUUUAAAGCAUUUCUUUCAACAUCAACGUUUAUUGGCUUCACCUUCUAAGUUUGAUUCCUUUUGGUUUACUUUUAAUCUUCAUAUGCCCAAUUUCCUAGACAAUUUAGAUUCUACUCCCUAUUACUUCAGUACCGCUAAUUUUAUUAUUUUACCCUUUGCCUAUCUACAGCUACCUUUCUAUGAUCAUCGUUUCUGGCCCUCUCUGCUAUUUGGUGAUCUUGCCAAUACCUUGGGUCAUGAGCUAAUUCAUGCUUUUGAUUCUAAAUUUCUCGAAAAUGACUAUGCUGGUAAUUAUAAUGAUAUAGAUUCCCUAGCCAUAAUAAAUAAUAAAAAUUUCCAACACAACAUUGCCUGUCUUAGUAAACAGCCCACUAAAUAUUUAACCGAGCGCAUAGCUGAUAUAAGUGGCACUCAUUUGGCUUUGAGAACUUUCAUUAAAGAUCCUCUCUUUCUUAAACACAAUGGUAAAUUGUUUUUCCUACAAUUUGCUCAAUUCUUUUGUGGUUCUUCGCAGCAAGAAACAUUUGCCCUAACAGAUGAUUCUCAUGAUUUAGAUAGUUUAAGGCUGAAUUAUACGCUCUCGCAUAUGCCCGAAUUUGCUGAGGUAUUUCAGUGUCCCUUAGGUAGUCCCAUGAAUCCUGUGGAAAAGUGUAAAUUGUGGUGAAACGUUUUAUUUUAAAUCUUAUAGUUUAGUUUAAUUUUAGCCAAAAACUUACUGUAUUUUCUUUGUACUUAUUAUGGUACUAUUUAUGUAAAUUUAUUUAAUUAAAAAAAAACAAAUUGUACUUAUAAAUAGUAA